GCUGCCUGGAGCCAUGUGUCGUGCUAGUUAAAUCUUUAGGCAACUGCUGGCCGCCGAGACGCUAAGCUGGCACCUUAUUUUGACCUGGAACACUCACAAAUUAACCACGCCCAAUAUUUCAUAGAAAACCGUCCACUCCUUGAUCACAACUGCAUCCAUCGCGCUUGCCGCCCAUCAUCCCUUGCGCAGCUAGGAAGCUUGAAGGUUCGCCACGAUCCUCGUCACUGAUUUGGGUAACAAUCAUGGGCUGGCAUGGCCACCAUCAAGGCCAUCGAGGCCAAAUCUGUUCACCAGAUUCAGUCUGGCCAAGUCAUUGUGGACUUGUGUUCUGUGGCCAAGGAACUGGUUGAGAACAGCCUGGAUGCUGCGGCCACUUCAAUCGAGGUUCGCUUCAAGAACAAUGGUCUUGACUCAAUCGAAGUUCAGGACAACGGCACCGGCAUCGCCCCCUCCAAUUACGAGAGCAUAGCCUUGAAGCAUUAUACGUCGAAACUAUCCAACUUUGAUGACCUCUCCAGUUUGCAAACCUUUGGUUUUCGAGGCGAGGCAAUUUCUUCGCUGUGCGCUUUGUCAAAAUUUUAUAUCACAACUGCACAGGCUGAUGGAGCACCCAAAGGCAAGCGCCUUGAUUUUGAUACCAUGGGUCGGAUGACCUCGACAACUGUCGUAGCCUGCCAGAAGGGCACUACUGCAACCGUCGAAAACUUGUUUGAACCACUACCGGUGCGACGUAAAGAGCUAUCGAAGAACAUCAAGAGGGAAUAUGGCAAAGUCCUUGGCCUCCUGCAUGCAUACGCUUGCAUCUGUGUGAACCUCAAGUUCACGGUCAAGAAUGCCAUGCCGAAGGCCAAAAGCAUGACGGUCUUUUCAACCAAAGCCAACCUCACUACACGAGAGAACAUAGCGAAUGUUUAUGGUGCGAAGACAUUGGCGGCGCUGGUCCCGAUAGACUUGGACCUGGACUUCCAGCCGACAGUGACCCAGAUGGUCCGCAAGGACAAGCUGGGUCCGACGAUUCACGUUCAAGGUCACAUAUCGAAGCCUGUUUUUGGCGAAGGACGGCAGACUCCGGAUCGACAAAUGUUCUUCGUAAAUGGAAGGCCGUGUGGUCUGCCGCAAAUCGCGAAAGCUAUCAACGAAGUAUACAAAUCAUUCAAUGUAUCUCAAUCGCCCUUUAUCUUUGCGGACUUUCGGAUGGACACCAGUGCAUACGAUGUCAACGUAUCCCCAGAUAAACGAACUAUAUUGCUACACGAUUCAGCCGCCCUCAUAGAAAAUCUGAAAACCGCCCUGAAUGACAUGUUUGAGCGACAAGAUCAGACAAUUCCACAGUCUCAGCUGCAGACGGCGAAGCUUCCUGCCUUCCAGAAACUGAACAUUCAACGUCGCCUGCCUUCAGACUCUCCAGACACUGAAAAGCGUACCGGUUCUUUCUCGGAGCCAUCCCUGCCUCAAGAGGAAGCGAGAGGUGGUAAUGAAGAAGAAGAAGAAGAAGAAGAAGAAGAAGAAGAAGAAGAAGAAGAAGAAGAAGAAGAAGCACGAAGCCAGGAUGAAGGUUCGUCGAAUUCUCUUUUGCGGCAACACUUUCGGGAUUUUACCAGCACCAGAGAUGAGAGUGAACUUGAUGAGAAGAUGCAGGAAAAGCUGCGCAAAGACCGACAGAGGCGAGCUGAGAAGUUGGCGGAAAAGGUUGCUGAGCAGCCAACAUUGGCCGAUUCAGGAGACGAAUCUCAUGGUAGCCGAGAGAAGGAGAUUCAGAUGUCUGCCCCAAAAGCAGAGUCGUCCCAGAAUACCCCAGUGCAAAUACACGUGAGAGACUUCAAUAAAAGAAUGGCUGAGCAGGGAUCGAAUGUUGCAGAGAGCCGUGAAAUUUCGUCUCCCGACGAGAGCGAGGGCAGUACUGGUAUCCAGUCGAUCGUCCAGCCUUUGAACAAGGAUGAAAAAGGAGUCGUCCCUAGUGCUUUUGAUCGGAUGCGACCCAAAAGAAUCACGGCGGAAAUUGCCACCAUUACGAUCGGUGAUAAAACUGUGACCACGGUGCUCGGAUCACAGUUUCCUCGCUCGCCGAGAAGCUCGCAAGAGGAUCAUGGUUCAGUCGAAGUGGGUCUCCCUGGCAAGAGGCCGACGAAGACUCCUGCCACUUUUCAAUUCUCCCAGACAUUGCGCAAGUUCGGUGCGCACGGCCCGGGCCACACAGAAGACGAGAUCGAGCAAGGCGCAGACCGAACAAGCUCUGCUGAAGCUGAGUCCGAGGUCGAGAACGAUAUACAGACUCCAGACCCGCGGGAUUUCCGGAGUCCCGAGCCUAGUGAUCAAUCUGACGAAGACGGUACCAAAGCAGACGACCAAGCUACCACCCCUAUACAAGAUGACUCGGAUGCAUCUGACCCCGAGUAUAUGGAUGAGGACGAAAAGAAAAAGAUCGAGGCAGCGCGUGUGGCUGAACUUAUCCGAGCCGCGGAAGAAAAUUCUGCCUUACCUAGCAAGGAGAACCUGAAACGGGCUACAAAGUCACUGUCUGGUCGUCAGACUAAGGACUCCACGACCAGCCUAGUGACGACGGUUGACUUUUCCAUGGCUUCUGUGGCUCGCGAAAUGGAACAACUUGCGCAUAACGCCACAGUCGAAGAGUACCCAGGCAGCCACUUGGGCGAGGACAAUUUUGCGGAGGAUCCGGAAAUACAGCUCUCUUUGACAGUAUCGAAAGCGGACUUUGCGAAAAUGUCCAUUGUGGGACAAUUUAAUCUUGGCUUCAUCCUCGCAGUCAGACCUGCCGGUACCGAUGGUGAUGGUGCUACGAGAUCGAAAAAGGAUGAAUUAUUCAUUAUCGACCAGCAUGCAUCAGAUGAGAAGUACAAUUUCGAGAAACUGCAGACUGAGACUGUUGUGGGCAAUCAAAGGCUUGUUCAACCGGUCACAUUGGAUCUGACAGCAGUGGAGGAAGAGAUUGUGCUCGAAAACCAUGAGGCGCUGGAGAAGAAUGGAUUUCUUGUUGACGUUGAUACCAGCGGGGAAAGAAUGGUAGGGCAGAGAUGCAGGCUCAUCAGCCUUCCGUUGAGCAAGGAAGUUGUGUUCAACACUCGAGAUCUGGAAGAACUCAUCCAAUUUCUUGCAGAAGCACCAGGUUUCGGGGCACAAAGUGACCACGCGGUCCCGAGACCAGGCAAAGUGCGAAAGAUGUUUGCGAUGAGAGCAUGUCGAUCGAGUAUCAUGAUUGGCAAGACGUUGUCCAAGAAGCAGAUGCAAAAGGUGGUUCUGAAUAUGGGUACCAUCGAUAAGCCAUGGAAUUGUCCCCAUGGUCGCCCAACAAUGAGACAUUUGUGCAGUCUGAAUGCUUUUGAGCCAUGGCACGAAGGUGAUGAGGACGAUGGUGAUGAAUCUGCCUCGUUUGGUCAGACGCUGCAAAAAUAUGCGAGGGAAGCAUGAAAUAGAGGGUAUCAAGCUAAAGAAGAGAAGCAUCUACAGUAUAAAGCAAAGCCUCUUUCUUUGUUUCUUUCGUGCGUACCUCAUUGAUCGUAUCUUUGACGGAAACCCUCCAAGAUACCUAUAUUCGUGGCCCCGUACUCCGUAAAUCUCCGGGAAAUCGCCUUGAUGAGAGUGGGAUGCCGGGUGGAUUUUGCACGAGGCCGACUUUCUGACCAUUCCCUUUAUGAGUUGCCUGAAGUGCCUCGGCUCAACGGACAAUCGGUCACAAAGCUGGCUGC